AUGGGCAACCGGGGGAUGGAGGAUCUGAUCCCUCUUGUCAACCGAAUGCAAGAUGCGUUCUCGGCCAUCGGACAAAAUGCCAAUCUGGACCUUCCCCAGAUCGCUGUGGUGGGAGGACAGAGCGCGGGGAAAAGCUCGGUACUGGAGAACUUCGUGGGGAAGGACUUCCUCCCUCGUGGCUCCGGCAUCGUCACCCGUCGUCCCCUGGUGCUGCAGCUCAUCAACGCUCCCGCAGAGUAUGCUGAGUUUCUGCACUGCAAGGGGAAGAAGUUUACAGACUUCCAUGAGGUGCGCGGCGAGAUCGAGGCGGAGACGGACCGCAUCACCGGUGCCAAUAAGGGCAUAUCUCCUGUACCCAUCAACCUGAGGGUCUACUCUCCUAAUGUUUUGAACCUGACGCUGGUGGAUCUGCCGGGUAUGACCAAGGUGCCGGUGGGCGACCAGCCUGCGGACAUCGAGGCGCAGAUCAGGGACAUGCUGUAUCAGUUCGUCACCAAGGAGAACUGCCUGGUGCUGGCAGUGUCGCCCGCCAACUCUGACCUGGCCAACUCAGACGCACUCAAGAUCGCCAAGGAAGUCGACCCACAGGGUCAGAGAACCAUUGGUGUGAUUACCAAGCUGGAUCUGAUGGACGAGGGCACAGAUGCCAGAGAAAUCCUGGAGAACAAACUGCUCCCACUAAGAAGAGGUUACAUUGGUGUGGUGAACCGCAGUCAGGCGGACAUCGAUGGCAAGAAGGACAUCCACGCCGCCAUGGCAGCAGAGAAGAAGUUCUUCCUCUCGCACCCCAGCUACCGCCACCUGGCCGAACGCAUGGGCACACCAUACCUGCAGAAGGUCCUCAACCAGCAACUGACCAAUCACAUUCGAGACACUCUGCCGGGCCUGCGCUCCAAGCUCCAGAGCCAGCUGCUGUCUAUUGAGAAGGAGGUGGAGGAGUACAAACACUACCGCCCUGACGACCCCUCACGCAAGACCAAAGCCCUGUUGCAGAUGGUGCAGCAGUUCUCGGUGGACUUUGAGAAGCGUAUUGAGGGAUCUGGUGAUCAGAUCGACACCUACGAGCUGUCUGGGGGAGCCAGGAUCAACCGCAUCUUCCACGAGCGCUUCCCCUUCGAGCUGGUCAAGAUGGAGUUUGACGAGAAGGAGUUGAGGAAGGAGAUCAGCUAUGCCAUCAAGAACAUCCACGGCAUCAGGACCGGCCUGUUUACCCCUGACCUUGCCUUUGAGGCCAUAGUGAAAAAGCAGAUCCAAAAGCUACAGGGUCCCGUCAUCAAGUGUAUAGAUAUGGUAGUGAGCGAGCUCACCUCCACCAUACGAAAGUGUAGCGAUAAGCUUGCCCAGUACCCAAUGCUGAGGGAGGAGAUGGAGAGGAUUGUCAACCAGCACAUCAGAGACCGCGAGAACCUCACCAAAGACCAGGUGUUGCUGUUGAUUGAUAUCGAACUCUCCUACAUGAACACCAACCACGAGGACUUCAUCGGAUUCGCCAAUGCCCAGCAGAGGAGUGCCCAGAAGGUUGGAGGAGGGAAGAAGGCUCCCGGAAACCAGGAUGAGAUUAUGGUGAUCAGGAAGGGCUGGUUGACCAUCAACAACAUCGGCAUCAUGAAGGGCGGGGCCAAAGAGUACUGGUUUGUCCUCACCGCCGAAUCACUGUCCUGGUACAAGGACGAUGAGGAGAAAGAGAAGAAGUACAUGCUGCAGGUGGACAACCUGAAGUUGAGGGAUGUGGAUGCCGGCUUCAUGUCCCGCAAGCACAUCUUCGCCCUCUUCAACACCGAGCAGAGGAACGUGUAUAAGGACUACAGGCAGCUGGAGUUGGCGUGUGAGGCCCAGGAGGAUCUGGACGGCUGGAAGGCCUCCUUCCUACGCGCCGGAGUCUACGCAGAGAGAGCUGCGGAUAAAGAAAAGGCUGAGGGCGGGGAGGAGAACGGCUCGGACAGCUUCAUGAACUCCAUGGACCCCCAGCUGGAGCGGCAGGUGGAGACCAUCCGCAGCCUGGUGGACUCCUACAUGGGCAUCGUCAACAAGACCGUCCGGGACCUCAUCCCCAAGACCAUCAUGUUCCUGAUGAUCAACAAUACUAAGGACUUCAUCAAUGCGGAGCUGCUGGCCCAGCUGUACUCGUGCGGGGACCAGAACACCCUGAUGGAGGAGUCCCAGGAGCAGGCCCAGCGGCGUGACGAGAUGCUGCGCAUGUACCACGCCCUGAGGGAGGCACUCAACAUCAUCGGGGACAUCAGCACCACCACCAUCUCCACCGCCAUGCCCCCGCCCGUGGACAACUCCUGGCUCGCAACUCCUGGUGGAGGCUCCGGCGGCAGGUCUCCUGCCACCACCCCCACCCCCCAGCGAAGGGCGCCGCCCCCCGGCCCCCCUGCCCGUCCCGGCCCUCGGGCAGCCCCAGGCCCCCCUCCCGGCGGGCCCCCGGUCCCGUCUCGCCCGGGCGCCUCCCCUGACCCGGGAGCCCCUCAGGUGCCCUCCCGACCCAACCGUGCACCCCCCGGUGUGCCCAGCCGUCCCAGCAGGGGCAGUCCCACUCGCCCCGAGAGUCCCCUGCCUCCGUUCGACUCCUGAUUUGUUUUCUUUUUCUUUUCUUUCCUUUCUUUCUUUCUUUCUUUAUUCCUUCCUUCCUUCCCUUGUCCUCUUUUUCCUCCCUCUCUCUU